GGGUCUCAUCCAAUGGAAAUAUAGGACCUGAGAGGUAGUGGCCACGUGGGUAUUUUCUGGGUACAGCUCACAAACAGAGCAGCUAUCUGAGCUCAGUGGGAAAUACAGAGGCAGAUCACCAGGAACCACAUGGCAAGAAAAGCCAGGGAGGGGGCAACUGCCAUAGCUUUUUCUUGGAAUCUUGUCAUGCUUCAGUUCAGAUCACAAUCGGAGCAAGAAAGCAGACAAUGAAGCGAAACUGAAAAUAAAGGCAAUUUUCCAAGACAAUGCCUUGCCCUUGUAAUGUUUCAUGUUCUUGAGGAAACAGGACAGUUACCACUAUCACCUGAUCAUAACAAAUUGUUGGUUGUUGAACUUGUGGCCCCCACUUUUGCUAAGAGAAAAGUUAUGACAAUUACUAGGGGUGGGAAUAUAUUAGCUAGGCUCAACGUCAUUUAUAUAUGGAUCUGGCUAGGCCUAGUUGACAACCUCGGAAAACAUUACAGUAAAAAAAUGGAUCACACUUCAGGCAUACCAAGAAGACCAUGUCAGUCAAUAGUAUGUUACCUCAUGCAAAGCCUAACUUAUAGCUGUCUCGUUGAGGUCAUCAAGACCUGAGAAUGUUCUGGAAUGACGUCACUCAGCGAGGACGAGUGGGCAGAGUGGGGCAAGAUUUGGGGGACUUUUCUGGCUCGUGCAGUUACCAAGAGACUGCUCAUCAUCAUGGGCAAGAGUUGUAAAGUGGUGGUGUGUGGUCUGGCUGCCGUUGGCAAGACUGCUGUCCUGGAGCAACUGCUGUAUGCCAAUCAUAUUGCGGGCUCAGAGCCCAUGGAGACCCUGGAGGAUAUCUAUAUUGGCUCCAUAGAAACGGACCGUGGCACUCGAGAGCAAGUGCGCUUCUACGACACCCGGGGUCUUCGUGAUGGUCUGGAGUUCCCUCGCCACUACUUCUCCUUUGCAGACGGUUUUGUCCUGGUCUACAGCAUCGACAGUAAGGAGUCCUUCAAACGCAUGGAGGCCCUCAAGAAAGACAUUGACCGCUUCCGUGAUAAGAAAGAGGUGACCAUAGUGGUGCUGGGCAACAAGCUGGACAUGCAGGAGCAGAGGAACGUGGACUCUGAGGUGGCCCAGCACUGGGCCAAGACAGAAAAGGUGCGUCUGUGGGAGGUGUCUGUGGCAGACCGGAGGACCCUCAUCGAGCCUUUUGUCCACCUGGCCAGCAAGAUGACCCAGCCCCAGAGCAAAUCAUCCUUCCCCCUCAGCCGCAAUAAGAACAAGGGGAGUGGCUCUGUCGAUAGCUGAGGGAGAAGGGGGUUGGUCGCGGGAGGCAGCGAGGGUUGAUGAAGAAUGAGAAAGAUUUCAGGAGACAGGGAGUGAAAGAGUAGGAGAGGAGAAACACAGUAGGCCGAUUAUUAGCCUAUUACAAAUACAGGAAAUUUUAGGUCUGAACGAAUGCACACUGACUGAAUCAGAAACCAAUGGUUUCAUGGAGAUUUUGACUGAUAUUUAGACUCAUAUUUGACCAUUUAGGCUGAUCUUUGAUGACAAGUAAAUGACAUCAAAAGUAACACACAUGGAUAAUCAAGAGGGUUGUUUGUAUCAUGGAGGAUACAUAAGGGUUUAUAUUACUGUUAGUUAAUCAGGAGAUUUGUUACACUACUGGCAUGCCAUCUACUCAGAUGAAAUAUGGCAACUAUUUUAGCAUGGAUGAUCUGCAUUUUAUUUUAAGUUACAGUACAUGAAACAAAUCCAUAUUUUGGAGAAUUAAAAAAACAUUCCUCUAUUCUUUUAGAGAUGUCAGAAAACAUGUUACUUCCUUUUGAGAUCGCUUUGAGUUUUAAAAUGACAUUAUUGUCUAAAGAUUUAAAUUGUUGUGACAGACUAGCAGUCUUAUGUGAUGUCCCUUGGUGAGCAGGGUGUUUGAUGAGCUUCCUGCCUGCUGGACAGGCCCUGAUGUGGCGACUGAGAGAAAGAGGCUUGCCUUGACUGUUAUAUCUAUGGAGCUCUUGACCACAGCCCAAGCACGCUGAAUUAUCUGUACUUUAUCAGAAACUCCUUACUGUCCUUGAAAACCAUGGGGUGUCCUUGAUCUUUGUUACUGAGCUGUUAAACACCAUGUUGGUCAGACGAAAUGCAAAUGUAUUUCAUUUUCAAAUUGUUUGUCUGACCGAAGCCCUUUAAUGCCAUAUCAGGGUCCAUAGUUAUUGUGCAACAUUUCAUGUGUGUGUCGCUGAACAAGAAAGAUGCCGUGGCCUAGUUUGGAUGUAGUUUUUUUGCUUUGUGACUAUUCACAGAUCUUUAUAUUUGUAUUAUGUUUUUGACGUUGUGAAUUUGCAUCUUUAUGUCUGUAAAAUUGAAGUGCAUAUUAUUUUCAUUUUUAUUGGGGCAUUUAUACUGAUGCAAUAUAGAGCACAGUAUUCAUCUUUUAAAAUGUUCUGGAGACUGGAUAAUCUUUUGCAUGCCGUGUAAACAAAUUAAAAGAUUCCCUCUGCAUCUAAGUUGAGGCUGUUGUGUAUAUCUUUUAUUUGCAUGAUUUAUGAAGUAAUUAAACAUAAUACAAA